UUUUUAAUCUAUGCAAUAUUAUGCAUCUAAAAUCGUCCGUUGUUUAGUUAGAAUUUCUUUAAGUUCUUCUCUUAAAAGUUUAUUUUUUACGGACGUGCGAUGGAUUUGUUUGACGAUCUUCCCGAACCGACUUCGACCCCAACGUUUCCUAAUAACAGUAGCAGCAGUCAGCAGUUGGAAAAUUCUUUGGAGGUCUCCAUCUCAAGUACAAAAACCAUUGCAGCCACAUCAAUAGAAUCAAACAUUUCCUCACAAGAUGGCAGACACGACGGCCAGAUGUUUAUAGAUGAAAUCAGUGGCAACAAAAAGCUGAAACGUUCUAUUUCGAGCACUAGCAAUGACGACGAAGAUGUGUUGAAGAGGAAGAAAUUUGCAAAAGAUGUCUACAGCUUCCGGGGGUACUAUGCUGAAAGGAAAGGAGAGAGAGAAGAGAUGCAGGACGCCCACACCAUCGUCGACAACUUUAAUUCUCUAGUUGAUUCACAAUCGAAGUUAUCACUAUUCGCUGUCUUUGAUGGACACGGUGGUUGCAAUGCCUCAAAGUAUUCAGCCAGCCAUCUACAUAAGAUUAUUGCCCAGAAGUUUCCUACAUCUGAAGAAAACUUCGAGAAAGAUAUUAGGAAGUGCUUCGUCGAGUCGUUCAAAAAGUUAGACGACGAUUUUCUACAAGAAGCUAGAAGAAAGCGGCCAUCUUGGAAAGACGGGACGACGGCUGUCGUCGUGGUGGCGGUGGACAGCGUUUUGUACAUCGGUAACAUCGGUGACAGUAAGGCAGUCGUCUGUCGGUAUGACUCGACGUUGAAGAAAAUGGUGGCCUUGCCGCUGACGACCGACCACUCGCCGACGCUGUACGAGGAGAGGAUGAGGAUUCAAAAGGCCGGAGGUCACGUCAGGGAUGGGCGUGUCAUGGGAAUUUUGGAAGUGAGUAGAUCGAUCGGGGAUGGCCCCUUUAAGCAGCACGGUGUCACCUGUCUGCCGGAUGUAAAGAGAUGCUCAUUGACUCCCCAAGAUAGGUUCAUAUUGAUAGCCUGCGAUGGCCUCUGGAAGAGAUUCGAAGACGAUAGUGCCAUAGAAUUUAUAAACAAAAUUCUCAAUGAUGACAAAAUAGAAGGAACAGAUAUGAAGGAUGUUGACUGUAUUAAGAUGGAGCUUGCUGCCAAUAGGCUGGCCAACGAGGCUGUUCGGAGAUUGAGUGCCGACAACGUCACUAUCCUAUUGGUCGACAUCAAGCAUAACAACAACAAUAAUAAUUCAAAACAAAAACAACAUAAUAAUAAUAACGACAGUAAUGAUAAUGAUGACAAACUGAAUGAGAAAUCUGAUGUUAAUAAAUCGACAUUAUAG